GAAAAGUUGUAGAGCUCUGAAGUAUUGGUGUUUGUGAAUUGCGAAAAGGCGUUCGCAUUCCGACAAGUUUUGUCUGGUUCUUUGACUGAACAAUCCGUAGUCAAAACACAGGUCAAGCUUGGUAUCUGCUUCUGGUCGGAUUUGCGAUCUAUACAUUGAGAUCUGUUGCGGCAAAGGGGCACCGAACUUUAUCAUAGAUUUUGAAGGCUCCCUUCAACUCGCUUGUAUCAGCAAGACAGUUCUUAGGGUUGCCAGCAAAGGUAUCAGCUUUGGAGCUGCAAGAAAGCACGCGAGGUGCUGAUCUGAUACACAGCCACGCAAGAUGUGUGGACCAGCAGGCACUAUGUUCUGCCUGGGCAUGUCCAUAUUCGGUUCCCUCUUCAUGGGAGCCAUGGCCCUUAUGCUGAAGAAUGAAUACCAGUACCUGGGUGAAUGGUAUGACACCUCGGAGCCUGAUCACCCUUCAUACCAGGAACAGAGAGCAGCAGCCAUGCACAACUGCUGGACUGUCGCUGCCAUUUAUGGUGCCAUUGCUGUCCUGUGCGCCGUGGGUACCUGCUAUCACAGCUUCAAGGCCAAGCGAUCCUGAAGCCAGCGCCACCAAGAAAGUGGAGAAGUUAUGAGAAAUCUGAGCAUAAUUUCGGCAGGCAUGAUUGCACACAUGCUCAGCAGCUGCACAUUGAUUCCCAAGCAGUACAGCGAGAGAACAUGGUGUUUUGGGACCUUGAAAUUUCUUGGGAUUUUUAAAGGGUGCCUGCUUCCAUAAUUCAAGAACAGAGGAAGUUGCCAGUCGAAAUUGUAGGGCUCUGCCUGUAUUGCUUGUACGCAAUUGAAUGAUAAGGUCAAAACAUCUUUGAGCUCUAGAGCUGCCGGCCGGCGCCGUGCACAGCAAUGACAGGAUGUGUUUGUGUCCUUCAGCUUUCCACACUUUUACUGUAACAAAGUAAUUGCCCACC